AGCUGCUCGGUUGUUUCCGUUCCACCCUCUGCCCUGCCCGUAUCACUCCCCGGAUUUUGUUCCUGUACUGCUGCCUGUGCCUUGCGGUCACCACUCUACUCGGAAUCAGAAUGCAUCUCAAGAGCUACCUUUCCACCGCCCUCUAUGGGCUGCCUGUACUGUCCCAGGCUGCAGUGGCAGUGACGACAACAGACCCAUUCAAGGCCUACACCAUCAGUGCAAAGAACAUCAGUGCAACUCUGAUCCCUUACGGUGCACGCUUGACAUCGCUCAAAGUCCCAGACCGCAAUGGGAAUUUCCAGGAUGUGGUUGUAGGCUACGAUGAUCCAAAGCGGUACCUUCAAGACACGGAGACCAACCGCACUUUCUUUGGGGCCGUUGUCGGCCGAUAUGCCAACCGCAUCAAGAACGGCACGUUCUCAAUUGGCACCGAGGAAUAUCAUAUUCCUGAGAACGAGAAUGGCGGCAAAGACACCCUCCACGGAGGUCCACUGGGUUAUGAUGGCCGCAACUGGACCGUCACCGCGUACUCCAACUCGUCCAUCACCUUCACUCUGGUUGACCGUGCCUUUGAGGAUUUUCCGGGCGAUGUGAUCACCCAUGCCACGUUCAGUGUCCAGACCGAGGCCACCAACGAGAAUCCAGAGGGCUUGCCCCAAUUGACCACCAAACUGGUCGCUCUGGCUCUGACGGAAACCACCCCUAUCAUGCUUGCCAACCACAUCUACUGGAAUCUGAAUGCGUUCAAAAAUGAGACCAUCCUCGACGACACCUGGCUCCAACUGCCUCUCUCCAAGCGCCUGAUCGGCACCGACGGGAUCCUGAUUCCUGACGGCAGCAUCCUCGACGUCAACACCGCCUACAAUGGCUCUGCGGACUUCACUGCAGGCAAACUGGUCGGUCAGGACAUCGACGAGGCCGUUCACCUCUGCGGCUCCAACUGCACCGGGUACGACAACUGCUUCAUUGUCGACCGUCCUACGCAGUACACCGCCCCCAAUUCCAUCGUACCCAUCGUGCGCCUGAACUCCAGCACCACCGGCAUCAGCCUGGAGGUCGCCACCAACCAGCAAGCCCUGCAGAUCUACUCCUGCAACGGCCAGAACGGCACUAUUCCCAUCAAGGACUCCCAGAUCAAGCUCAACAAGGAAGAGGGCAUCGACGGCGCCGAGUACGUCAACAAGUACGGCUGUCUGGUGAUCGAGACGGAGGGCUGGAUCGACGGCAUCAACAACCCGGAGUGGGGCCAGCUGUCGGAUCAGAUCUACUCGCCUGAGACCGGCCCGGCCGUCAACUAUGCCACCUACCGAUUCGGCACCGUCUAGGCUGCUGCUGCUGCUGCUGCGGGGCUGGCGAAAACAAGUUUUGCUUGAUUGCUUGAAUAUUCUUCUUUUUUAGCGACGCCAAAAAGAACAAUGUUUUCUCGAGGCAUCUUUCUAUGACACUUGGUCUUACCUCCUUGGCUCUUGAAACUAUCCUUUUUGAUGUAGAAUCUCUGCAACCAUGUACAUAAAAUGAUCUUAGGGACCUCCAACUUAGGUCUAACUAGUCACCGUAGGUUGCAACACUCAUCCUUAAGCC